AUGCGGAGCUGCCUGGCCGGCCGGCCCGUGGUGCAGCGGGCGGCGAUCGCCCGGCAACCGCGCGCCCUGGUCCUGCGCACGCGCGCGAGCGCCGAGGCGCGGGCCAAGCUCGACGAGGGACGCAAGCUGUUCGACGCCGGAGACCGCAUGGGCGCGAUCCGCAUGUACGACGAGGUGAUCGAGGCGGGGCCUACCCCGGAGCAGGUCCAGGAGGCGCUGUACAGCGCGACGUGCUGCCACGCGUCGUUUGGCGACAUCGAGCUGGCCAAGAUGACGCUCCGGGACGCGGUCGCCGCGGGGCUCGACUUCGAGGCCGCGGUGAAGAACGAGGAGUGGGUGCCCCUGAUCGCGUCGACGCAGUGCAAGAUCCAGCUGCGCAACUUCAGCAAGGCGGUGGCCAAGCAGACGCGCGCCGGCGCGGGGCCCGCGACGGACGAGCAGAAGGCGAUGCAGAAGAGCCAGGGCAUCACGCCGAAGCGCCAGGCGCCCGCGUACAAGCCCUCGCUGUCGGGCGACGCGUCCCUGCAGGACCGCCUGCGCGACGCCAACGAGCGCGGGGACGUGAGCGAGCUCCUCGCGACCGACAUGGGCGAGGGGCUCGACACCUCCCUCGGCGCCAUCGCGCGCCGCGUCGCGAUCCUCCUGCUCGUGCUCACCGUCUCGGGGGUCGUGAUGUGGUACGCGGGCCUGGCACUGCUCUUCCCACAGGGGUAG